GGUUUACAGGGGAAGCACCUGGCUGGAAGGGAGCAGGGCCCUGGGAUCGGCGGACCUUUGGCCUGAAGGGCUCUUGCUUAUCCCAGGAAAAUGGAAUCAACAGAGUCAGUGGACUUGGCAAACAAAAGUGAGCAUGAAAACUUGAAGCCUCAAGAGGAACAAGCAACUUUCAAUCCUCUCCUGAGAGCUUGUCUAACUGGUGACACAGAGGGAGUACAACAAAUUUUUGAGGACCUGGAAGAUCCUGAUCAUGAAAAAGCCAAUCGGCUUUUAAUGGAAAAGGAUAUUGUGGGCAGAGGCCUGCUCUAUGCAACCUGUAUGGCUGGCCAGAGCGACGUUAUCCGGACACUGGCAAGAUAUGGGGUUGAUCUGAAGGAUAAGACGGCCAGAGGUUAUACACUCCUCCACUGUGCUGCAGCCUGGGGCCAACUAGAGACUUUGAAAACUCUUAUAGAACUGGAAGCUGACAUUUAUGCAACCACCUCCCGGGGUGAAAAGGCUAGAGAUAUUGCCUGCCGAUAUGAGCAAACAGAAUGUGUUGCAUUCUUGGAUUGGGCAGAAGCUAAGCAGAAUUUACGGAACUUGAUCUUCCAAAUCCAGACAACAAUCACUGAUCCUGAGAAAGUUCAGGGAAGGCUUAAUAAAGAAGAUAAGAAUAUUUCUCUGAAGGCCUGUCAAGCCAAGUCAGAUUGGCUUGAAAACACAAAAGAGGCUACUUUGGAAGAUUUUGUGGAGCAGAAACAGUUGCUGGAGGACAUAAUGCUUCCCAUCUUCACAAAGUUGGCUACGCCCCGUGUGCAAGAAUCCACCAACAAAAAAAUGGGAACUCCUUCAGCAGAACAUUAAAAAGUUUUCCAGUCAACAGAGAUGGCAUCUUGAUGUUCAACUGAAGUCUCAACACAAAUGCUACUAUUCACCUAGCUACAAUGUCUUCUGAAGACAGGCAACCUUUGUUCAUUCUUCUUUUUCAGAUAUAAAAUGUGACUUAACUUUAAUUUUUCUCCUUAUAUCCUAUCAUUCAGCCACCAGAUGUCCAUACUCUCUAGAGAAACGCUUGCUUUUUGUUUUACUAAGACCAACUAGUCACAAAUAAGCUUUCAAAUACUUCCUCACUACUUUGGCUUUUAAGUUGAACCUAAUAAAGGAGUCAUGAUACUGCUAUGAUUUCUUUUUAACAGACUAGAAUUCGUUUUCACCUUUGACAACUAGUGAAAUGACACACUUCCAUUUUAAAUAUAACUGCCAUGUAUUGGGAGCAAUAUUCAAUUUGCUAUUACUGCGUUGGGUCCAGUAGAACAGUUCCAAACCCUAAUAAAAUAUAUUCUCAAGUUUAUACAAUCUUAUUUUGCAUUUGCUUUAUAUGUACUUCAUUAUCUAGAGAAAGUGUCAAGCAGAGCCUUGGAAGGAGAGCAACUUUGCCUAACAAAGUGUUCUGUCCUGAAAUAACUCUCUCCACCACAUAAUAUGGCUUCACAACAGCCUUUCCCUUGUAUUCUCAGACAACUGACUGGUUUGACAGGGUGGCAAUACCAGCUAGUUGGCAUUUUAAAAGAGCGUAUUGGCAACUUGGCAAGGGACACUUCCUGGUAUAUUUGUGGCUAGAUUUUAAUUAUUUUACACAUCACAAAUUGAGGGAGAUGGAGCCUUCUAAGUAAAAGGGCAGUUAAUUCCUCAAAGUCAAUUUAAGCUGAAAGUUUUGUGUAUGUGAGUUUAUAUGUGUGUUCAUUUUAAUUUGAAUCUCAAUAAAGU